AUGCACGGUGCCCUGAACGCCGCCUGCAGCGCACUGCCCCCGCGCAGCGUGGCCGACGUACUCCUUGCGCUGGCUACGCACCAGCUCUGCCCCAUCACGCUUCUGGAGGAGUUGCAAGCUUGCUUGCCCCGCGUUGCGGCGGAGAUGCAGCCGGAUGAGGCACUUACAGCGAGCUGGUCUCUCGCGGCCUUGCUCUUUUCGCGGGCAGGCGUCCUGCCCGCGCUGGUGGAACGCGCCCUGGAAGGCGAACUUGGCGUGGCCGAGGCGCGCCAGCUUCGGCAAAUCGCCCUCUCGCUGCGGCUGGAGGAUGGCGCGGAGGAGGCCUUCAAAUCCCAGGCGCCUGCUACCUGGAAUCGUCUCCAGGAGCUCGCAUGCGAGUCAUUGGCUGAGGAGCCGGCAGCUGCUGCGGAGGUUGCCGCGGAGUCUCUGGCGCAGCGCCUGGAGGAGGCGUAUGUCUUCGACGCGGCUGGUCCUAUCAUCAUGGCCCUGCACUCCAUCAAGACGAGAAACGACCUGAGACGUGUAGGAAAUCUCUACUACACGCACGCUUUUGCCUGCGCCUUUCUGCAAGCCACAGCUUCGGGGAAUGGCUGUCUCCAUCCCAUUUACUCUGCCGCGGUAGGCACCUGCACGCGCCAUCGCGGGCAGCUGACUUCCCUGCUGCCUCGGGCCACAAAUGGCUUCUGGACAAACGUCCUGGAAGAUCUCAUGCAGGCCCCGCCAUUUCAACAAAUCCGCGAUGGCCUUUUGGAGGAGUGCAGACAGCAUGAGGAGUUCCGGUACCUGAGCGUCAAUGCUACCUUCAAGAUCAAUUUCAAGGUCAUCGGGCAGGCAGACUUCCAUGCGUCGCAGUCUUCCUGGGAAAACGCUGCCAUGCCAGAAAACGAAGCAGGGUGCCGGACCCUCACUGUCGCGGCCGGACAGGUGUAG